UUGCUUUGCUUGGCUGACUGCUAGAGCAAGACCUGAGGAAACUCUAUUCUCAAAGUGUUUACAGUUGUUCUUAGCUCAUUGCCUCUAUUUCAGAAACAGACCGAUUUUUAUUUUACUUUGACAGCUGUUUUGAGUUAAGCUGGACUCAAGUAUAGGCCUAUUGAUGCCCAAAGUAAGAGGCAAACUGGAAGCUCUCUAUGCACCUGCAGACCUUGAUUUUAUCACGAAAACCCUCUUAUUAAGCAAGAAACAUGAGCAAGCGGAAAGCUGAAACUGAAAACCCAAAUGCAGAGUUCUGUGACUUCCUGAUGGAAUUGGCCAACUAUGAGAAGAAUGUGAGCAGGGCUAUGCACAAGUACAAUGCGUAUCGGAAAGCUGCAGGAGUGUUGGCCAAGCAUCCUGUGAGGAUUUCUAGUGGAGCUGAAGCAAAGAAGCUGGAAGGGGUCGGGGAGAAGAUAGCCAAGAAGAUUGAUGAGUUCCUUAAGACAGGAAAGCUGGAGAAACUUGUAAAAAUCAGAGCAGAUGACACGAAUGUGGCUAUUAAUGAGCUGACGAAGGUGACGGGUGUUGGACCUGCAGCUGCAAAAAAGUUUGUUGAUGAAGGAAUCAUGUCAGUUGAAGAUUUGAGAAAGAACACAGACAAGCUAAAUCAUCACCAGAAGGUUGGUUUAAAGCACUUCGAAGAUUUUGAGGAAAGAAUACCCAGAGAAGAAAUGGUAAAGCUACAGGACCUUGUUCUCGCAGAACUGAAGAAGACAGAUGAGGAAUACACAGCUGAAGUGUGCGGCAGUUUCAGAAGAGGGGCUUCAACGAGUGGUGAUAUUGACUUUUUGUUGACCCAUCCCAGCUUCACUUCUACAUCAAAAGCUAUGCCUGCCUUAUUACAUAAUGCAGUGAAACAGUUGGAAAAAAUUGGUUUCAUCACAGACACUCUGUCUCUAGGAAACUCAAAGUUCAUGGGAGUUUGUCGUCUUCCAGAGGAAAAAGAUGGUCCUCAACACAAAUACAGAAGGAUAGACAUCAGGUUGCUUCCAAAAGAUCAAUAUUACUGUGCUUUGCUGUACUUCACGGGAUCAGACGUGUUCAACAAAAACAUGCGUCAGGAGGCUCUGGAUCAAGGCUUCACCAUCAAUGAAUACUGUAUCAGACCUGUGGGCAGUACAGGAGUGCCUGGAGAACCUUUGCCAGUGGAGAGUGAGGAAGAUAUUUUCGACUACAUCGGAAUGAAGUACAAGGAACCUAAAGAAAGAAUAGCUUAGUAGGCAAAGAGAGCAAAGAAAAACUGUUCCAUAUGGGAUGGGUUCAAUGCUUCCCUCAAUACUGUAAUAAGUAACUGUAAAGUUAUUUAACACAUUACACCCUAACUCGCCGGGGAUCGCCAGAGAAUUUCCAUGCACGCUCCACCCUGACUUGCCUGGAAUCGCUCCGUUCCAACAAGAUGUCUUUAGAAAUGAAGUCUCAUCAAGGGACUCUGGGGCUGAGAUUUAUAGUUUUACAUAGUUAUUGAAAAAUGUUUAUUUUUCCGUUUGAUACAGAAACACUUUUUGGACCAGUAGUUUUUGUUUAGUAUUAGAGCUGAUCGAAGAUGUCUCGACUUGUUGAAAAGCAUCACAAUUGAAUUUGAAAAA